AUGGCCACCCAGUCAGUGCAGCCCAUCGAAGCAUCUGGGCUAUCGCCCAAAUAUGCCGAACUCAACAUCAAUGCCGAACGGCUGAUGAGUACCUUGGAAGAGUCCUGCUCAUGGGGAAACACACCGGACGGAGGAAUGAACCGCCUCGCCGCAAACGACGACGACAAGAAAGUCAGAGCCUGGUUUAUCGAAGAGACGGGGAAAUAUGGAUGCCACCACAAGGUUGAUGAAAUGGGCAACAUAUUCGCCAUCCGGCCGGGAAAGAACAAUGACCUGGCACCUAUCGGAUUGGGUUCGCACUUGGAUACCCAGCCGACCGGCGGAAAAUAUGACGGUAUCUUGGGAGUAAUCUCGGCGAUCGAGGUUCUCAAGGUCCUCCAUCAAUAUAACAUAACCACCUAUGCACCGGUUGCUGUGGUUAAUUGGACAAACGAAGAGGGCGCUCGAUUCCCGCCUGCAAUGCUAGGUUCCGGGGUUUGGGGAGCCAAUUUUGAUGUUGACUGGGCUCACGCAAGAGCGGAUCUUGAAGGUCAUACAUUGAAGGAAGAACUGCAAAAGAUUGGAUAUCUUGGAACAGUUCCAUGCUCAUACGAUGCCAAUCCUCUCCUUGCCCAUUUCGAAGUACACAUUGAACAGGGCCCCAUAUUGGAUCGAGCAGAGCAGCCGGCUGCUGUAGUCAAAGGAGUGCAGAGUAUCCGAUGGUAUAAUGUUCAAAUUACCGGACGAGAGGCGCAUACUGGAACCACGCCUAUGGAAAGUCGAAGUGAUGCUCUCCUUGGAGCUGCAAAGAUGAUUGUGGCUACCAACAAGAUCGUUACCGAGGGCGCCAUCUUUGAGCGCAGUGCUCGUGCCACGAUUGCCGUUAUCAAUUCUCUGCCGCAAAGUAUCAAUACAAUUGCUGGUAAUGUCCGUCUAGGGCUGGAUAUCCGGGCACCUGUCGACUCCGACGUAGAAUUGAUUGAAUCAUUGUGCAAGAAGCAGUUUCAGGAAAUCUGUGACGAGCAUGGUCUCAGAAUGGAGAUUGACAACUUUUGGGUUUCACCAGCUUUGAACUUCGACCCUACUAUGGUCCAGUGUGUGAGAGAUUCCUGUGGCUCCGUCAGUUGUGACAAUAUAGAAUUGGUGAGUGGAGCAGGGCAUGACAGCGUAUAUACCAGCCGUAAGGUACCCACUGCCAUGAUCUUUGUGAGGUGUCGUGAUGGUGUCAGUCAUAAUCCGGCUGAAUAUUCAAGACCAGAGGAUUGUGCGGCUGGUGCCCAAGUUCUUCUCGGUGCAUAUCUCAGAUAUGACGAGCUCAUUCAACGAUCUACUGAAGCAAAGAUUUGA